AUGGAAUCCCAAAGUGUACCACACGACGAUAUCCUUGUUCUCAAUCUCUCGGUCCCUGCCAAAAAGAAAAAAGAAAAAAAAAAUUACAUAUUCGAGUCAAUCGAGCAAGAACACGGAAUCCCGUUACCUGUUAGACCAUACUUCCAGAGUAUCAUCACCUUUGCUCUGGUACGUGAAAAGCCCGCCAGCCCAUUGCUCGGUUUUAUUAUAAGGAGUGACCCAAAUCUGGUUAUUGGUAAAAGCCCCUCGUUUUUGUGGAGGAUCGUCGGGGUCGAGCAGGCUAGCAGCUGUGCCAGCAGGGACUACUUUAUACCCGACAGGGUUCCCGACUCGUGUUUUCUUCCUAGGGUUGAUGACGUGAAAUUCGGACGGAGAUUCCCCGGGUUUUGUGUACUCCCUCUGGAGGUUGACUUUGACAAACGAAUUAUCCGAGCCGUCUACAUCCAUGUCGAGAUGGAAUGUGAUGUAAUGGUCGUGAAUAACACCGACUACAUUUUCGGACAAGAGGGUCCCAUAUAG